AUGCCAGCGCCAGCAGGUACAAAGCGCAUUCGGGGAACCCAAAUAUUCCGCCCUUUUGUAUUCGGAAGCGAGGCAUAUCCCUUUGAUCCUAAUAAACGGCCCGAAGGCGCUGCGGAUGACCACACCCACCAGUGGCGCGUAUUCGUUAGAGGUAUUAACGGCGAAGACAUAUCCUACUGGCUGAAAAAGGUGCAAUUCAAGCUACAUGAAACUUAUGCACAGUCCGUCCGAACGAUAGAGGCACCACCUUUCGAAGUAACAGAAACGGGAUGGGGUGAAUUCGAGAUCCAGAUUAAGCUAUACUUUGUGCCAGAGUCAAUGGAAAAACCACAAACACUAUGGCAUGGACUGAAACUCCAUCCGUACGGCCCCGAUAUUGAAGGGAAGAAAGCAAGGAGAGAAACUGUAGUCAGCCAAAACUAUGAAGAGGUGUUAUUCAAUGAGCCAGUGGAACAAUUUUAUGACUUGCUUACUGGUGGGACCGGUGUUACCCAGCAGCAGACGAAAGGAAAGUCGACGAAGGGGAAACAAGCCCAAUUGCCGCCCGCGGCAGUUGGUGGAAGAACCGCCGAAGUCCCUCAUACGGACAGUCCUAAGAAUCCCUAUAGUCGAAAGUCUGAAGCAAAGGAAAUCGACCGGAUAAUAGAGGCGACAAAAACUGUCGAAAAGAUUUUGAAAGAUGAAAAGGCAAAACUUCUGGAGAGAGAGAAAGUCCUUGCGGGUCUCAAAGAGACUGAAGGCACCAGCCUUCUUCAGAAGAAGAGAUAA